AAUAGAGCCACGUGAAUCACUUUCAGUUCAAUCACAUCCCUUGUGAAAUUCAGUUGCUGUUCCCAGCCAGAUCAUGGAGAGUGAACAAGGUAGUUAUGAAGAUAUUGCUUAUGAUGGUCAGAACAGACAGCCAAUGGAAGGGGUUUUCCACGGCCAUUUAGAGGAGAGAGUUCGUCCUUAUAUUGAUCUGAUUGACUCUUUGAGGCUGAUUGGCAUUGAAGAAGAUUUGGCUUUGCCAACUAUUGCUGUAAUUGGAGAUCAGAGUUCUGGAAAAAGCUCUGUGUUGGAAGCACUAUCUGGGGUGGCAUUGCCCAGAGGGAGUGGUAUUGUGACAAGAUGUCCACUGGAGCUAAAGCUGAGGAAGAUAAAAUGUGGUGUUCAAUGGCGAGCCGUAAUUUCUUACAAAGAACAGUUCAUUGAGUUUAAUGACCCUUCACUGGUUGGGGGCUACGUUGAGGAAGCCCAGAAUGAACUGGCCGGAAAAGGAGUUGGAAUUUGUGAUGAACUCAUCACUCUGCAGAUCAUGGCUCCUGAUGUAUGUGACCUCACACUGAUCGAUCUCCCUGGGAUUGCGCGAGUUCCUGUAAAAGGUCAACCUGAAGACAUUGGACAUCAGAUCAAAAAUCUCAUUCUGAACUAUAUAGAGAAGGAUCAAACUAUAAAUUUGGUCGUAGUCCCAUGUAACGUUGACAUAGCAACAACAGAAGCCCUGAAAAUGGCACAGGAAGUGGAUCCUGAAGGAAAAAGGACUCUGGCGAUUCUUACAAAGCCAGACCUUAUAGACAAGGGAACAGAAAAGAACAUCAUGGAUAUAAUCCGAAAUCAGGUCAUUCCCUUAAGCAAAGGCUAUGUCAUUGUUAAAUGUCGUGGCCAAAAGCAAAUUGAUGAUAAGAUCUCUCUGACUGAGGCCACUCGAGUAGAAAGGGAAUUCUUCAGACGUCACGAAUUCUUCAGUUGCCUGUUGUAUGAAGAGAAAGCAACUAUUCAGUGCCUUGCCACCAAACUGACUCAAGACCUGGUUGAUCACAUCAAAAAAUCAUUACCACUGAUCUCAGAAGAGAUCAAGAAGCAGUUGUGGAGCUUAAGAAAGGAGCUGAGUCAGUGUGAAGCUGGACCACCACUGGACCCACAGAAGAGGAAGACCUUCUUUAUUGAUACCUUGACGAAAUUUAAUGAUAAGAUCAACCGCUUGACAACUGGGGAAGUGAUCAACAAUGAUAACUUGUUUGUGAUGCUUCGGUCUGAAUUCAGAAAGUGGAAAGAGCAUCUUGACAACACAAAGGCAUCAUUCCACAAAACGGUCCAGGAAGUGGUGAGUGAAUAUGACCUGAAGCACAGAGGACGAGAGCUGCCCGGCUUCAGUGACUACAAGGUGUUUGAGAUGGUGGUGCAAAAGCUUGUGAUUCAGCUAACAGGACCGGCCAUUGACACACUCAGGUUCAUACGAGACACCAUUCAGGAACAGUUUUCAGAAGUCUCCAAAUCCUGCUUUCUCCUCUACCCUUACCUCCAAUCUGUUGCAAUGAACAAGAUAGACAACAUUCAGUCAAAGCAGGAAGCCAAGGUGGAGGAGAGGAUCAUGGAGCAGUUUGAGAUGGAGCAACUGGUCUACACUCAAGAUGGCAUCUACUUCAAAACCUUGAAUGAGAUUCACAGUACUGAUGGGCAGAAAGCUUCAGAAGACAACUUUGCUGGUUUCGACAGCAGAAACAAAUAUCCUGAAAUGUUGCGGGCUUAUUACGAGAUUGUGGUGCAGCGCUUGGCUGAUCAGGUGCCCAUGUUGAUCAGAUACUUCAUGCUGAAGGAAUCUGCUCAGCUGUUGUGCAGCGAGAUGUUGGGUUUAAUGGACGGUGCCAAUGUGGCUGAUGCAUUGCGUGAAGAGUCGGAUAUCAGCAGACGGCGCAUUGACAUGCAGAACCGUGUGGACCGUCUUUCCCUCGCUCAAGAGAAACUCAGCAACUUUGUUUGAAGCUACAGGGCUGCUGUAGAUCAGGAUUUUACAUCUUUAGGUUUAGCACUGGAUUAACUGACCAAGGAAAAUUCUCAAUUCCAAACUUUGUGAAACUAGUGAUCUACAGAAACAGUAGAUUUGUUUCACAGAAAAUCCGUUCAUUGCAAAGUACAUUUUGUUCUGUAGUUGUUUAUUUAGAAACGCUGUCUCAUUUAGAUUCUAUGCAUGACUUCUUUAAUUAAAAAAUGCCAUUUCAGCUAAACUUUUAUUGAUA